UGAAUUUUGAAAUUCAGCCGGCGUUAUUGAUUAAUUUUGGAUUACCUGAAAAUUUUCUCAUUUUCAAGUACACUACAUUCGCCGCAAGUUCACUAGUGCCACGAGAUAGACUACCAUUCAAAACCCUUUAGUUAUAAUCAGAUAGACAAAGAAGAGCUAUAAGAUCGAAAUGGCGACUGAAACUUUAAUUCCCUUGGAAUCCAAUCCUGAUGUAAUGAAUAAGUUUCUUCAAAAGCUCGGUGUUCCGACUAAAUGGGGGAUUGUGGAUGUAAUGGGAUUAGAGCCGGAAAUGCUGACAUGGGUACCGAAGCCCGUAGUCGCAGUGACACUCCUUUUUCCCAUCUCUGAGGCCUAUGAGCAACAUAAGAAAAAGGAAGAAAGUGAAAUAUUGACCAAAGGUCAGGAAGUUUCUGCCAAUCUCUUCUAUAUGAAACAGAACAUUAGCAAUGCAUGUGGUACCAUAGCACUCGUUCAUGCGGUGGCAAACAAUGGAGACAAAAUAGAAUUGUCUGAAGGUCAUCUGCAGAAGUUCCUGGAAGAGGCUAAAGGGUUGGAUGCUGCCGGCAGAGGCAAGCUGUUGGAAAGCUUCGAGGGCAUUAUUAAUGCCCACAAAGAAUUGGCCCAGGAGGGUCAGACCAAUACUCCCAGUGCUGAUGAACCUGUGAAUCAUCAUUUCAUAACUUUUGUUCAUAAAGAUGGAGCUCUAUAUGAGCUAGAUGGACGCAAGCCAUUCCCAAUCAACCAUGGAUCUACUACUGCAGAUUCUCUCUUGGAAGAUGCAUCCAAGAUAUGCAAAGAGUUCAUGGCACGCGAUCCAGAGGAGGUCCGCUUUACUGUGGUUGCUUUAGCUGCUUCUGAUUCUGAUUAAAGAAGUUUUCAUACAAGCUGCAAUAUAAUACAGAGUAUCAUAUUGUAACAGUAACACGCUAUGUGCUUUUAAAUUUUAAAUGUAAUAAAUAGUAUUUUCUAUCUAUUUGUAUGCUGUGCAAGCCUUUGUGAUAAUAAAUUAUUUUAGAAAUUAA